AUGGGACCACCGCCCACACACGAACAAGUUUAUGGUCAAGAAGGAUCGGGUGCAAUGCCUCCCAAUGUCAUGCAUCAGCCCCACUUAGGUUCGGAUGGAGGUACUUCAACGCCUGAUAGUAUCAAUCCGACAUAUUCUCCUUAUCCUCCUCCCAAUGUGCAACAACAAAUUCCUCCAUUCGAAAUGCAAUACGGAGCCCCACCACAAAUGCAGGAUAUGCGAUUUCCACCCAUGUAUCCAACACAAGCUCCCUUUCCAAUUCCUCAUGCAAUGGCACCAAUGAAUCCAAACAUGUAUGGCCAAUUUGUUCCGCCAUUGAUGCCACAAGGGGUUCCAUCACCUUUACCGCAUCAUCAACCUUCUCCGUAUGCUGUUCCUCCUUCACAAAUGCAUACAGGCGGACAAAGACAGAUGGGAGCACGACAAAGAAGAUUUCCCACUCCACAACAAUCGAUGUCUCGAAUGUCUAUUGGAGGCUCUGAUGGUGGGCAAGCGCAAUCAGGAAUCCGUGGACUGCCUCCCACAGACACGCCUGCUGAGCCUGAUCAAAGUACGGAAGUACAAAGUGGCACAAGUACGAGCACAAGCAAAUCCACAAUUCUUAGUAAUGUGCCGAGUUUUCUUCCUUCAAAGCCAUCUUUCUCUUUCAGCCCACAAAAUGAGCACAACAAUACGCCGAGACAAGCGAUGACAAGAUCUGCGCCCACAGCCAGAAGGAAUGUGUAUCCAGGCGAGCAUACAAGCAACCCAAUUGCAGGUAUUACAUCAACAUCUUAUCAGCCACCCGAAGCGCCGAUUGUACCACACCUUUCAAGAUUGCCUUCUCUUCCACCUCGACCGGAUCUGAGUGGAAUCAGUGAUGCAAGCCAAUUAGCAACCGCAUUCCAACAAAGAGAAGAAGCAUUGAUAAUGCGUAUCGAAGCAUUGGGAUUCGAGCCAGAAUCGGCUUGGAAGGUAAUGACUGAGCUGGAAGGAGGAGCAGGAAGAGUCGAACGUGAAGCAGCUGCGCCUGUCUUGGGUAUUCGUUUGCUUCAACGCAUUGAUGCUUUGCAAAAAGAGAAUGAGAAAUUGGAAGAUCGAUUAAAAGAACAAAUUGGACAAAAAGCGGCACUUAGAUCGGAAUUGGCUGAUGCCAGCGAUUUGAUACAAGAGAUGGAUGCAGCUUUGAAAGAAGCGGAAAAGAAAGCAAAAGUAGCUGCAGCAAAAGCUAUUGCUCAAGAAAGGGCAUUGGCCAUCGCUUGUGCACAACAAUCAAGUGCAAUCUCGGAGGAGAAAGAGGUUUAA